GGUAGCGUUGAAGAGAGCCUCACGGUUGCCCAUUUGACUCUGGAUUCAGUCAAUAAUCAUUUUAUCAAAAGUGAAAAAACAAAACCCAACAUCAUGCCUUUCGAUGUUAGGAGAUUCGAUAUCUACAGGAAAGUGCCAAAAGAUCUUACCCAGCCCACAUAUACAGGAGCUUUCAUAUCCAUCCUUUGCUGUGUCUUCAUGUUCUUCCUGUUCCUGUCUGAACUGACAGGGUUCAUAGCCACUGAAAUUGUAAAUGAACUAUAUGUGGAUGAUCCUGAUAAAGACAGUGGUGGGAAGAUAGAUGUGAGUUUAAACAUCAGUUUGCCAAACUUACACUGUGAUUUGGUGGGUUUGGACAUCCAGGAUGAAAUGGGUCGUCAUGAGGUCGGCCACAUAGACAACUCAAUGAAGAUUCCUCUCAACCAAGGCUAUGGUUGCCGCUUUGAGGGGGAAUUCACCAUCAACAAAGUACCAGGAAAUUUUCAUGUGUCCACACACAGUGCAACAGCGCAGCCCCAGAGCCCUGACAUGACCCACACCAUCCACAAGCUUGCCUUUGGAGAAAAGCUUCAGGUACAGAAAGUCCAAGGUGCCUUCAAUGCGUUAGGGGGCGCAGACAGGCUUGCGUCAAAUCCUCUGGCCUCACAUGACUAUAUAUUGAAGAUUGUCCCAACGGUUUAUGAAGACCUUGCAGGCAAACAGAGAUUCUCAUACCAGUAUACAGUAGCCAACAAGGAAUAUGUAGCCUAUAGCCACACAGGAAGAAUCAUCCCGGCCAUUUGGUUCAGGUACGACCUCAGUCCCAUCACAGUCAAGUAUACAGAGAGGAGACAGCCGUUCUAUCGCUUCAUUACAACCAUCUGUGCCAUCAUUGGAGGGACUUUCACAGUAGCAGGCAUCAUUGACUCUUGUAUAUUCACUGCCUCAGAAGCCUGGAAGAAGAUCCAGAUCGGAAAAAUGUCCUGAGGACAGUUCAUCGUGCCCCACAUCUUAUUUAUAAUUGUGAAGGUGCUAGCCUGCUAGCUGUAUCUAAUGCUAUUGUAGGUCGAGCUGCCAGGCUACAUAUCGGCAUCACAUUGUCCCUAAACUUCCUCACCAUUUGCCCAGAUGACUCAUUGGUGUUGACUAUGACAUGUCCGUUUCCUCUGUCUUCACUUUAAGAAAAGGAGGGUGGAAGCUCUUUUGUGUUUUGUUACUGAUUAGAUGCGGUCUAAGAUACUACGUAUGGCUCCCCAACACUGCAAAAGGGAAUGGACAACUGAAGGAAAUAUUUGAAUGUCUUUUGUUGUUUUUGUUUUUUUUCCAACCAUAUAAACUUGUGCUCUGGACUUAAAUGAGCACUUAACUGCUAAAUUGUCCCUGUUCCUCCCUCUUUUGGUGAAACAAAAAUGUUUUACAUUAAUUUUUGUUUUUUUUGCAUUCCAUUAGUUUGACUUUAAGCAUUCAAUUCGUGUGCCUUUUUUUACGUUAAGAUUUCUUCUAUGUCUUAGACAAGCUCAUAGCCUUUAGGUCACUCACUACCUGACGUUUUUACAUCGAAGAAAGUUGAAUCAGUUCAUGUGGGCGCAAUGUGUAGUGAGCGAGAAAUGUUUCAUCACUCGUCAGUCUAAACUGACCGGAGGUGGUCCCCACCCUUAUAAACAACAGUUACAUAACGACUGAAAACGAUGAUCGGUUGCAUAUGCAGACUACAGACUACCAUGACCAUUAACUACAGCUACAAUGGCCAUGUGUACUAUUCACAGAGGAUUGGGGAAUAGUUGCAAUCACAGCCCCUAUCAAGGAGCACUGGUUUGAACCGGGAGCCAAAGAGGCCAUCUAUGUGAGGAAGGAGGAAUGACCAUCCCUGAACCGGGGUGGGGGGGUAAGAGUACAUCUGUCACCAUCUUACAAUGCUGUGAUUGCAACUAUUCCACUAUCUUCUGUGAAUAGUACACAGAGCCAUUGAAACUAGUUAAUGGUCACGCCUAUUUGCAUAUGAAACCGGUCAUUGUUUUCAUUCGUUAUGCCACUGUAUGGUUUAUGAGGGUGGGGGUACCUGCAGUCACUUGAGACUCAAGAGGGCACUUAGAUGAGAGGUGAAACAUUUCUGUCGAUAAACGCUGUGUCCAGACGAACUGAUUCAACAACUUUCUGUGAUUUUCUUACCUGGAUUACUGAGCAUGCAUAAAGAACAUUUUUACAUUUUUACAUGUACCUGUCAUGAACUGGCUGUCACUGAAAACCAAUGUUUUUUCCUUUUAAGAUUUUUGAUGCACGUCACUUAAAAAAAAAACACAAAAAACAAAAACAGAUAAUUGCUCACCUCCCAGUUUCAUUAUACCAAAUGUUUCCGUUCCGUUAUGUUACUGUUGAAUCACAGAUGCUGUCGUGUGAAGAAAGCGUACAACUUUCAGUUGGAUACGUUAUGUUUUACUCUGCAUUUUGAUUUGAUCGCAAAAAGGGGUGAAUGUGUAGUUUUGCCAAAAUAGAUGUUGGUUCAGUUGGUUUAUACUUCAUGUUAAUUGUUGGUUAAUUUGCUGUCAUUUGCCACUUUUUAGGAAUGGCCUAUUCUAUGUGUUUGUGAUGACGUUUUAGUUUUGUAAUGAGGAAAUUUGUACCCUUUGGCAUUUUCCCUUUUUUGUUAGUGUUGUCUUCAUGUGUUGCAACCAUAGCAUUGCUAAUCAAGCAGACAGAUUCAAAUUGAUAAAACUGGUCUUUUCUAUUCAUUUAUGGUAAUAUGUUUUCUGUUCUCUGUGUCAAAUUACUUUAUGAUUUAUGUCCUUCAAGUAAAGGUGCUGUUCAAAUCACAGCCCG